AUGGAGCACCCAAUCGAGGCAAUGUCGCCGUCGACCACCACGUCAUUCUCCAGAGCCAACAUCAAUCUUUAUACUCAAGAAAACACUAGCAUUCAGACAGUGCCUGAGUUGAUUGAGUACAAUGCAACAUAUAAUCCUCACCAUCUCUUCUGUAUCCAAGCGCAAAAGCAGAUCCGAGAUGGCCGACCGCAAUUACUCUCUGUCUCCCACCUACAGCUGAAGCGUGCAAUCGCGCAGUGCCAGGCAUGGCUCGUGAACACACUGUCAGAGCUGAAGCUCCCAUCCAGCAGCACUGAUGGCACGGGGUGUGCGCCGGUGGCUCUAUAUGUCGAAAGCGAUGUUGGGCUAUUGAUCCAUCUCUUCUCUUUGAUGGGUUUGGGAGUCCCUGUACUUCUUCUGUCUGCGAGAUUGAGCCCCACAGCCAUUCAUCAUCUCUUGGCCAAGACUGCCGCCUGUACAAUCAUCGUGUCGCCGCGCCUGAAGAAUACCGUAAAAGAAGCGCUCUCCAUCUUCUCUACGACAGGGUCCAAGCCCGUGAUAUAUGCGCAGGUCGUUUCCUCCUCUUUCCUUGACCCGCAGGCCGAGCGGGAAGGUACAGAUGGUAGCAUAUGCAAGGCAGGCACCCACGUCCGGGAGAACGACCGCAAUGUGCUGAUACUCCAUUCUUCCGGCACGACGGGACUUCCGAAGCCAAUCUACCAAUCGCACAAGUGGCUACUGUGUUUCACAACAUGUCACGAGUUCUUCGGCGACGAGGAAACAUUGAGCUUGAGCUUGUCCACGCUUCCGCUCUACCAUGGAUAUGGCCUAGUCACUCCGGCACUCUCUCUCGGUAUCGGCAAAACUCUUUGUAUUCCGCCUCCCUCUGUAAUCCCAACCGGAGCUUUCAUAAUAGACCUGUUGCGAUCUUCGAAGGCGCAGUCGCUCAUCUCGGUCCCAUCCAUCCUUGAAGAGAUAUCUACACUUCCCAAAGGUCAAGGACUGCAGGUACUGGCGUCUCUACAAUUUGUUGCUUUUGGCGGCGGGCUUUUGAAGCCUAGCGUAGGAGAGAAGCUUGCUGCUGCAGAUGUGAAGGUGUUGAAUCAUUAUGGUAGCACAGAGAGUGGGCCUAUUGCACCAUUGUUCGUGCCGAGACCUGGCUACGACUGGCGCUACUUUCGACUGAGAAAAGACAUGAAUAUGCGGCUUGAGCGUGGCCCUUUACUUGAGGAUGGUGUACAAUCGUAUACACUGAUCACGCACCCGUUUGGUUGGGCAAACGACUUCAUAUUCCAGGACCAACUCAUUGGCAAUCCUCAAAAUCCCACAUCUGACUUCAGCGCUGUAGGAAGGAACGACGACGUAAUAGUGCUUGCUAAUGGGGAGAAAGUCACCCCACGAAUUUUGGAGACCAUGCUCUUUGAAAGCCAGCUCGUGAAAGCUGCUAUUGCUUUUGGUGACGGUCAAUUCGAACUCGGCGUCAUUAUUCAGCCUUCAUUGUCCCUGAAAGUGGAGGACUACCACGAUUUCAAGUCGUCCUGUUGGCCUAUCGUUCUCCAGGCAGGCGAACGGAUGGAUGCCCAUGCUCGCAUCUCUUCUAAGGAGGCAAUCAUCGUCGCUCCGUCUGCUAUGAUUCUUCCAAGAUCUGAUAAGGGAUCUAUCAUGAGGAAGGAAAUUCAUAAAAUGUUCGAAGCGGAAAUCGCGGCCGUCUAUCAAGCUCUAGACAACAGUUCCGUCGAUGCCUGCGCCGUUCACCUAGAUACGGACAAUCUGGAAGACGACCUCAAGACUACGAUCCAAACUCGCCUUACAUGGAGGGCUAAGGCGGAGGAAUGGACGAUCGAUGAUGACCUCUUUGAGCUGGGCAUGGAUUCGCUUCAAGCUGUACAACUUCGCCGUUUCAUACUUACGUCCAUACCCAAUCUACCAGCAGCGGCACCGAAAGCGGAGAGAGUUCCUCGUGAUUUCGUAUAUCAAAAUCCCACUGUCACUCAACUAGCGAAAGCUCUGAAAGCUUCGGCUCAGAUAUCCUCCAAUGACAGCUCGAUCGACCAUCUUGUGGAGCAAUUUUCUUUGAAGGCAGACAAGGCCGGUGUAGGACCAGAAGUAGGUGCAGUGGUGUUGAUGACGGGCGGCACGGGCAGCCUCGGAAGCUGUCUACUAGCUCAUUUAGCAUCUCUUCCAACCGUCGCUCGAGUCAUUUGCCUCAAUCGUCCCAACCCGAUCUCUGAUGCCUACGUGCGACAAGUAGGAGCUCUUAAAUCCAACUGCAUCACUAUCGACGCUGAAGCGUGGUCCAAGAUCGAGAUUUUGCAAACAAAUACGGCUUUGCCGUUGCUAGGUCUGGAGGAGACCGAAUAUACCCAUAUUCAAGAGCAGGUGACACACAUACUCCAUAGCGCUUGGCCCAUGGACUUCAGGAGAAUGCUUCUGUCUUUCAAGGCUCAAUUCCAGAUACUCCAAAACCUGUUAAACUUAGCUAAGGAUGCGCACAGCGUUCAUCCUCUAAUUCGGCCUAAAAUGUUGUUCGUUUCUUCGAUUGCGGUCGUUGGCCAAUAUCCGCGUGUCAACAAGGAGACGAUCGUCCCAGAGGUGUUCAUGGAAGACGAGAGGUGUACCAACGACAUCGGUUACGCAAAGGCAAAGCUAGUAUGCGAGAAGAUACUAGAAAAGGCAGCACGGGAUCAUGCUGGUAUAUUCGAAAUUAUUUACGUUCGAGUUGGCCAAAUGUCAGGAUCGGAGAAGAAUUGGAGCUGGAAUACUGAUGAACACAUUGCGGCGCUUUUCAAGUCAUCUCAAGCUAUUGGUAGUCUACCACGCUUGGAAGGGACUCUAUCUUGGAUACCAGUGGACUCUGCAGCGGAGACACUGUCAGAACUGCUCCUGAGCAAAGAAACCACCAAGAUGGCCUAUCAUCUCGAGAACCCUAUUAGACAGUCGUGGCAUGAUGCCUUGCAAAUCGUGGCGCCCGAGCUUGGUCUUCCAAAUACCGGAUUCACUCCAUUCACCUACUGGCUAGACAAAGUUUGCGCGGUUCCUGACGAAAUGACCGACAAGGUUCCAGCGAAGAAACUGGAGGAUUUCUUCAGAACGGAUUUCGAGCAUAUGGCUUGUGGCAGCGUUGUCCUCAACACCCAGAACACAAGGGAUGUAUCAUCGACAUUAAGAAAUCUAAAUCACAUCCGUGGUGAAUUGCUCGUGUCCUAUAUUCGCUACUGGAAAAGAAUUGGGUAUCUAGUUUGA